CCAGCCUUCUCCUCUGCCACACAAGAGGGGGAGAGAGAGGAGAUAGCAGAGAAUCCCCUGGCCCUGGCAGCAUCCAGCUGCCUGGCUCACAUCUGCAGCAGGUGAGCCAUAAGGAAGAGCCUCUUUGCCACCACGGUCACUUCACCUUCAAUUUAAAACCUUCACGUGCUUCCACAAGGGAUGAUGGAGGAGCAGUACAUCUCCAAACUGCAUCCAGUAGUGGACUAUGGAGCUGGGGUCUUUCUUCUGAUCAUAGCUAUCCUGACAAUCCUUGGAAAUUCCGCUGUCCUUGCUACAGCAGUGAAACGCUCUUCCCUCCUGAAGUCACCGGAGCUGCUUACAGUCAACCUGGCAGUGGCGGAUAUUGGGAUGGCCAUCAGCAUGUACCCGCUGGCCAUUGCAUCUGCCUGGAACCACGCCUGGCUGGGAGGAGAUGUGUCCUGUGUAUAUUAUGCCCUGAUGGGUUUCCUUUUUGGUGUCUGCAGCAUGAUGACGCUGUGUGCCAUGGCUGUGAUUCGAUUCCUUGUUACCAACUCAUCCAAAUCUAACAGUAACAAAAUCUCUAAGAACACUGUUCACGUCCUGAUUACUUUCAUCUGGCUCUACUCCUUGCUCUGGGCCAUUCUGCCCUUGGUAGGCUGGGGCUACUACGGCCCUGAGCCAUUUGGCAUCUCUUGUACAAUAGCCUGGAGCAAAUUCCACAGCUCCUCCAAUGGCUUUUCAUUCAUCCUGAGCAUGUUCUUCCUGUGCACAGUCCUGCCUGCUCUGACCAUCGUCGCUUGUUACUUGGGAAUUGCCUGGAAGGUUCAUAAAGCAUACCAAGAGAUCCAGAAUAUCAACAGGAUCCCUCAUGCAGCUAAACUGGAGAAGAAGCUGACAUUGAUGGCCGUGCUCAUCUCAGUUGGUUUCCUGAGCGCGUGGACGCCGUACGCAGCAGCCAGCUUCUGGUCCAUAUUUAACUCCAGCGAUUCCCUGCAGCCCAUCGUCACGCUGCUGCCGUGUCUGUUCGCCAAAUCUUCAACCGCCUACAACCCUUUUAUUUACUACAUCUUCAGCAAAACCUUCCGUCAUGAAAUCAAACAGCUGCGGUGCUGCUGGGGCUGGCGAGUUCGUUUCUUUAGCACUGAUAACUCUGCGGACAAUUCUGUCUCAAUGAUGUGGAGUGGGAGAGAUAACCUACGUCUCUCCUCCACUGCAAAGGUGGAGAGCCAGAGGGCUGCAAUGCACUGACACGUAGUGAUGCUCACAGAACAUACAUCAAGAUUCUGACUCAACUCGUGGGUCCAAAUAAGCAGGAAUGCAGCACGCAGAGUUAUUACUGAAUAUCUCAUGUUAAAUAUUAAGCUGUAAGUAUAUACUUUUCAAACCGCCCCCAAUUACUGUUUUUAAGAUGCACAACAAGAAGAAUGCUGUCUUUUUUUCAAGAAUUUCCACUUUAGAGGAAAUAGAUCGAUGUGCUAAACAAGACCAUCAUCACCUUUGGUCGCACUUACAUUCAGGGAAACGGCUAUAAUUAAAACAUAUAUAUUUUUUCCUGCUUGUAACUUUUUAAUGCAGACUAUAUGGGGACCCUUGGCUCUGCCAGUAGCAGCCAUCAGAAUGAA